AUGACGGUCGUACGCUCAAAGCGUCAAGGCGCUGGUCGCCAAACAGAGUUCUCUACAGGUCUACCACCCGGCCACUUUAAAAAAGUGCGUGAAGGCCAUGUGAAGGCAGGGCCUACCCCAAGACAAUACUCGGACAACACGAAAGUUGGUGGGAGGACAGUUUGGAACAAACUUUUAUGGUUCUGCCCCAGAGAGUUUAACACGAGCCCAGGACGAUGGCUGAAGACUAUGGAGGCCGCAGAUGUGAAGGCAUUCUAUGACUGGCUGCAUAGAACUCAUCAGGGUAGAGUAAAGGCUCUCUCUGUCCUCCAUAGCUACUGGCGACGUCUUAAGAUGUUCUAUCGACAUUUUAAUAAACGAGGAAUCGACAGCUUCAUGGCAGAAGACGUGUUGAAUCGGCAACAGUAUAUCAAUUGGCUGGGCAAGAAAAAAUGGAAGUUACGAGUUUUACCGAAACAAAAACCAACGGGAGACAUGGGCGAUGUGUACCGCAUCCUCCACACUCACUGGGUGCGAUGUCCACGGGUAUACGCCGAUGAGAGGCAGCGACUUCAGGUAUCAGUAGGCAUACUCAUGUCCAUGUUCGGCCAACGGCUGGUCUCCCUGUUUGAUACAAACAAGCGCAAGAAGCAGAAGGAAAAUGGUGAAGUAAAGAAUAUGGCGUCUGAACAGGAGCCAUGGGGAGUCGAUUCCGCAGCUGAAUCAGAACACACUCUUGCCCCCCCAAUCAAAAAGAUGAGAGAUGCAAAUAUGAUGGACAGUCACUCCAAGGUAGAGGGGUGGAUCACCAACUGCACCUAUGACAGAUCCGCAGUGUCUAGAAAGCGGAAACGGGAGUUGAAUGAAGAGGAGCAAUGGAAACAUCGAUCAGUAAGAGCGUGUCGCCGCCCUUCUCAAUAUAUCAGCUUCCCCCGCCAAAGUGACCUUGGCACAGAUGAGGAGGAGAGCGAGCCUGGUCGCGAUCCGGAAUGCCACUCCAGCAGCACGACGGGCGACUCCAUCUUCAGCGGAGGACAUGAUGGUACGGAUGUUAACGCUGAAUAUUCUGGUUCGGACGCGGAGUAUCCUGCCGCCGCUGACCAGGAUGGGACAGAGGAAGAUGAGUCGGAUGAUGACAUUUCUCUGUCGGAUAUUCGCAGCGUCACCGAUGAUGGGUACGAUGCUGGCCCCGAGGAACAGAGAGUGGUCCUAUGGCGACAUGUGGACUUCCAUAUCGUUCGUGGCAGCAAGCCUGGCCAACCCAACACGUUACUGGCAAAGCUUUCCAUCCUCCACACCAAGGGAGAGGACGGGAAGCCACGACAACUCCUGUCUAUGGCCCUGUACGACCGUAUCUUCGUGGCAGAGUUCAGAAAUCUCGACGACAUCUACUGGCAUGAGAUCUCCGCCGACAAGGGGGGGAUGGAGCUGAAGGUCAAGCGGGAGAAGCUAGACAUACCGAUCUUCCGACAACCGGAACGCACUGACACCGGCUAUCGAACGUCUGACACGAUGCCCCUCAAAGCGUCGACCUGGGCCCGAAUUCUCAGGGAGAUUGGUAAGCUGAUGGGUCUUCUCAUUUCACUCACGCAGUACUACUUCCGACGCACUGUUAUCAACAUCCUCAAUGGCAAAGUCCCGUCCUCAGUUAGAGAUCAGGUGGCCGAUCACGACUCGAACGCUGUCAGGUACUACAUUAACCAGGUCGUACAGGUUGACGUGUGGGCUCUUGUGACGGGGUUCCCCUCUGAUGAAGCCGCCCAGGCGGUAGCUCACUCCUUGCGUCUCGUUGCCGAUAUCACAGCCCCGACAGAACUCACAGAUGAACAGAAAAAUCGCAUCACAACAGACCCCAAGAUUCAACGAUUGGCGGAGAAGAAUCGGAAAUUGACACAGAAGAUCAGAGAAGCAGGCUAUCUGACCGUUUCUGCAUCCUACGGGACACGCCUGUACUGGGAGAAGAUGAAAGUCGAAUCCAAACUCAACCGCACCAAAUUGCGACUUCGAACAAAGUUGCUUGCAAAUUCCAGAAAGCGACAUUUCCGGAACGCGGACACUGAUGAGUUUAACCGACAGAUCAACGGGGAUCAAGCGGGUGGUGCUUGUGCAGCUCCACCGCCACCACCGGAACUUCAAAUUCCGGAACGGAGAGAGUUCGUGCAGCUUGCCUGCACGAUCGGCGUGGAGCUCACACCGGAAGACCUGUUCACAAGGCGAUGCGAGAGCAUUGCGAUCUGUGUGAGACUGCAGGCCCGUAAGGAGCCUCAGCGCCGAGGGAGGCACAAGAAACAGCCGAUGGGGCAAAGCACAAAGCCUGCGUUCCCUCCCCCGUGCCGUGCCCGCGAUGAGGAUAACGAAGGACCUUCCUCGAAGAAGCUGAACCCGUUGCAGUGUCCCUUCUGUGCGGCCGAUCCAGGUUUACCCCACGACACCCAAUUCAGGAUCUGGAAAAGAUCCAACAAGCUGUGGGAUCAUAUCGAGAAGAAUGUACAUAGGGAGGAGCUGCAAGCAUACUCCUCCGGCAUGAAGCCAUGCGGACUCUGCAAAAGACAAGGAAUAGUUUUCAUUCCUUCCGGUGUCGUACACUUCAAGGCUCAUACACUCAAGUAUCAACAAAACCACACAUCCCUGAAACUCAAAGGCGGGUCUAUCAGGGAAAGCAGCGGCCCUAGGGAAGGCAAUGACGAGCAAGCCGUGAUCGACAUCGAACGGCAGCUCUCCGGCGAGGCGGUGGACGAGGAGGCAAAGGGGACGCUGCGGGAUGAACAGCUGCUCCCGCAGAUGAUCUAUCUUUUCUGA